GGCUCCCGGGCGCGGCGAGGCAGCGAGGGGCGGGUCCGGACGCCGCGCCUCCCGCGCUCCGGCCGCGGAUCUGGGCGCUGGGGGCGGGCGGGGGAGGAGCCACGUGGGGAGGAGCAAAACCUGGAGGCCCCGGGAACCUUGGGCAGAGCCAGAGCGGCGGGAGCCCGAUCCCGGGCGCACUGCCCAGGGAGAGCGCGCCGUCCGGGCGGAGCACGGCCUCGGCCAUUCCAGCCUGCGUCGGCGCUUGCGUUCGGUGCGCAACCCGGGAGGAGGGCCAGUGCGGACCGGGCGAGUGUCCCAGGCUCCUAAACUGUCCCAGAGCUGCCGGGCUGCCCGCCGUCGCUGCCGCCCCAUUGGGGCCCAGCCCGACCCGCCACCUGCGUCCCGGCUGCACCAUGGAUCCUUCGGAGAAGAAGAUAUCGGUGUGGAUCUGCCAGGAAGAGAAGCUGGUGUCUGGUCUCUCCCGCCGCACCACCUGCUCGGACGUGGUUCGGGUGCUGUUGGAGGACGGCUGCCGGCGGCGACGGAGGCAGCGGCGGGGCCGGCGGCGGGGAACGGCCGGCGACUCUCCAGGCCGGGAGGAGCUUCGGGAACUCCUGGACGAAGACGAGGAGGACGACGACGAGGCGCUGCCGCAGGGCAUGCUGUGCGGGCCCCCGCAGUGCUAUUGCAUCGUGGAAAAGUGGCGGGGCUUUGAGCGCAUCCUGCCUAACAAGACGCGCAUCUUGCGCCUCUGGGCCGCCUGGGGCGACGAGCAGGAGAAUGUGCGCUUCGUGCUGGUGCGCAGCGAGGCGUCACUACCCAACGCAGGUCCCCGCAGCGCCGAGGCGCGCGUUGUGCUCAGUCGCGAGCGCCCCUGCUCAGUUCGGGGCAUCCCCGCGCGGCCCAGCCUGGCCAUGACCCAGGAGAAGCAGCGGCGGGUCGUGCGCAAGGCCUUCCGCAAGCUGGCCAAGCUCAACCGGCGGCGCCAGCAGCAGCCGUCGUCGCCCUGUUCGUCUACGUCGUCUUCCACCGCCUCGUCCUGCUCGUCGCCGCCGCGGGCCACCGAGAGCGCAUCCGUGGAGCGCAUGGAGACGCUGGUGCAUCUGGUGCUCUCCCAGGACCACACCAUUCGUCAGCAGGUGCAGCGGCUCCGGGAGCUGGAUCGCGAGAUCGAUCGCUACGAGGCCAAGGUGCACCUGGACCGCAUGAGGCGGCACGGAGUCAACUACGUGCAGGACACCUACUUGGUGGGCGCAGGCAUCGAGGUCGACGGGCCCAGCCCGGUAGAGGAGCCCGAGGCGGCGGCGGCGGCGGCGCCGGCGCCGGCGCCGCCGCCCCUGGACGGCGAGGCGCAGGCGGCCGCGCUGGAGGAGCUGGCCCGGCGGUGCGACGACCUGCUGCGGCUGCAGGAGCAGCGGGCCCAGCAGGAGGAGUUGCUGGAGCGCCUCUCAGCCGAGAUUCAGGAGGAGCUGAACCAGAGGUGGAUGCGGAGGCGCCAGGAGGAGCUCACCGCGCGGGAGGAGCCUCUGGAGCCUGAUGGUGGCCUCGACGGCGAGCUGCUGCUGGAGCAGGAGAGGGUCAGGACGCAGCUCAGCACCAGCCUCUACAUCGGGCUCCGGCUCAACACGGACCUGGAGGCCGUUAAGUCGGACUUGGAUUACAGCCAGCAGCAGUGGGACAGCAAGGAGCGCGAGCUGCAGGGCCUCCUCCAGACUUUGCACACGUUGGAGUUGACGGUGGUCCCCGGUGGGACUGUCGGCUCUGGCGGACCCUCCCGGGAACCGCGGCCUCAGGGCUGCGCGGAGAUGUGGGUGGACCAGGCCCGCGGACUGGCCAAGAGCUGUCCUGGCAACGACGAGGACUCGGAUACCGGGCUGAGCUCCAUGCACAGCCAGGACUCGGACUCGGUGCCCGUGUGCGAAUCUCUUGUGUAAGAGGUGUAGACCACGCUUCUCCCUUCCUCGAAGAGAGCAGUGGCCUUGGCCGGCUCAGGGACUCGAAACCAGGCAGGGGGUGGGCGGGGGAGCUCCUGCCAGGUAGCAUUGCUCUUCGCGGGGCGGGGAGGGCUGGCGACACCUGCCCGGCCAGGGAGUGUGGAGGGGGUGCGGAGGCCCGGAGGAGGCAGGCGGGUCUCCAUUCCAAGCUCUUUUAGGGGAAGGAAGGAGGGAGGAGGUGAGAACGUCCUGUAUUGGAAAACAGUCGCCCCAGGGAAACUGACGUGGUCCGAACCCAUUUUCAAAAAAAAGAAAAAGAAAAAGUGUUAUGGAGAUUUCAGCAAUCUUCUGUAUGGGAAGGACUGAUGGCAGCUAGAACUUUAGUUUGUGGCAUAAAGUGCUUUUAAAAGAAACUCUUGGAUGAGAAGGAAAUUCCUUGAAUGUUAAUUGUGACUGUGAACGUGUUAAAACUAGCCAAAGAGCGCUGGUCUCAGCCUUGCUUACAUCUCUGAUAAAACCCACAGGCACCCAAAUCCUGGCUCUUUACAUUUCUGCAGAUUGGGGGAUUUACCCAUCUGCUACACUGUUCAUCUUUUCUUUUCUUUUUUCUUUUUUUAAGGUUUAUUUAUUUUUAAGAGAGAGAGAGACAGAGACAGAGCAUGAGGGGCGAGGGGCAGAAAGAGGGGGAGACACAGAAUCCGAAGCAGGCUCCAGGCUCUGAGCUGUCAGCACGGAGCCCGACUUAGGGCUUGAACUCACCAACCGGGAGAUCAUGACCUGAGUGGAAGUCGGACACUUAACCGAUUGAGCCACCCAGGUGCCCCAUCUUUUCUUUUCAUUCAAAGGCUGAGCUGUAUGGAAGCCUAGCCUCGUAUUUCCUCCUAGCAAACACAGUAUAUGGUAAAAUAGAAUGCUUUCCCUACAAUGACCUUUUAUUAUUACAAAAGCCAAACAUAACCCUUUUGAGAUGAUAGAGAAUCCUGGGACACCUAAUCCCUGGAUACAGCUUAAUGUAGGCCCUUGGGGAUUUGCUCCUGCAGAGGUACCUGUGCCGUCCUUAAUUUUCAUUCAUGUUGCCGCUUCAUCCACUCAAUCACUGCUCCUCCAAGAAAACUAGGAGGAAAGUUGCAGAAGCCAAGUUCAGUACAACUAAAUUUGCUAUUUAAUGAGCACGCCGGUUGAAACUAAGACUUGAAAGCCAAGAUCUUUGUUAGCAUUCAGCUUUUGAACUAAGCUGUGUGAUUAAAACCAACCAUGACCUCAAGGUGUUUUACCCCCACCCAAGCCAACCUUCAGUAUCUUUGGUCAGAGAUUAAUUAGUUACUUGUCCAAGCCUAAACGGAGAGGGCAAGUAUCCAGGCUUACUAGAUAAGGCCCCCCAAAGAAAACAAAAGAAGUCAGUCUAAUAGUACACCUUGGGUGAGCAGUUUGAUUAACCGUGGCACGUAGCCAUAGAUAAAAGCAUACAAAAGUGAGCUCGAAGACAACUCGAAUGACUCUGGCUCCUGCCUUUGCAGCCGCCAGGAGAUACAAGCACAACACCUCUCUCCUAAUAGCCCGGUGACAGAGCCCUGGUGGGGACUCAGGGUAAUUGUUGCAGUUAUUUCAAUGAAAAGUUAUCAGUUGUAGCUAGUUGUUGGCCUGUGGAAGGAGCCUGUUGGCAGUGUUCCCUCUGGAGCUCAGUGCUUCUGAGGAAUGCGGGAUCUAAUCUGUCCUGAGGAGGUAUUAACAAUGGCGUGUGUGUGUGGUUUGCAGAAGCCCGGUGUCAGCCCAACCAUGCAGGGGCUGGCUCUGGUUUCAACACUGCACGUGAAGAUAACGUCAGAGGUCUUGCUUUAGAGAGAUGUUUCUUUCCUUGGAGAGGUCACGUCUUGGUCACCAGCGGGGACCUGCUCACCUGACCGCCCUCCAACCAUUUCAGCUGUUUCCUUUGGGGAGCCGGCCCUCCCCUGCCCCUUGCCGUUACAAUGCACGUGGAUGUCGCAGGUUUUCAAGGAAAAGGGGGAUUAAAAGGCCGUUUUCUUAAUUGAUGUUUUCGAAAGACAUUAGCCGGCGUAAUUACGGUGUUUUAGUUUCGCCCGAUGCGGAAAACGUCUACGCAUUUGGUCUUGAGCGUGACUGAAAUGGGGAAGGGACCGGAAGAGGGCCACUGCCCCCUAGAUGAUCAUUUGAUCUCCUAAACACAAAGCUUAAUGAUAGCUUCCCUUUUGAGGCAGAGGCACAAUCCUCGUUAGAGGGUGACAGACGCUGCUUGUCUGAAUGGCUUCUGCUGGCAAUGGGCUGACCUGGUGGUUUUAAAAUUAUUGUGUUUUUUUCCUCCCUUUUUUUUUUUUUAAUCCCCCAGAGUGGUAGGGGAGGUGGUUCUUAGAUGUUUAUUAACUCAAAAGAGAAUACAGAAGUUGGCAGAACAGGACUGCCUGGCAGAAAGGGGCUGUUUUCCUUUUCACUAUUAUUAUUUUAAACUUUGACGGGCUGCUGACAUCAGCAAAUAUGCCCGAAGCCUGUAAAGCAAAUGAGCCACAUCACAGGGAGAAGGGCUGUGAGGUUUUCUGGUGCCCUCUUUCCAGAGCCUUCCUGUCCCGUCUACCUGGAGAUGCUUCUCCAGUCAACACUUCGGGCAGCGAGGAGGCUCUGUUUAUAACAAAGGGCAGCCCAGUCUGCCCCCUUUCUCCUUUCAUCCGAGUCACUUACGACCCCAAGAGCCACUCCCUGUGUGGGUAGGAGAAGGAACAGGAGGUGAAAAAGAAAGGAGACAAUAGUUCCUUUUACUAAGAACUUUCCCACGCCUGAGAAAACGUGAAAUUUGGAUAUCAAAAGGACCGAAACAGUGCCUGUGCCUAGAAAGUGCCUAACAAAUGCGAGAUAUUUUGAAAACGUCAUUUCAUUUAGAAAAUAAUCCUCAUGGCAUAUUAAAAAAUAUGCAUCAUGAAUGCACAGCGGUGGAAGCAUCCACUCAGGAUGUCAGAGCCCCUGGGAGAAGGAACUCAUCUCCUGCUUUCCCCGCAGAACAGGAAACCCCUGAGAAGAAGCAGCAAGCCUGUGCAGGACAGUGUGAAACAGAGGGGGCUCCCACCAACCCACCCCUUCCUUGCUGGGAGCUGAUAGAAUUUACCGUAACUUUGAUCUAAAUUAUCCCAUUCUCCACCAUCUCCCAAACCAAAAAGACUUCCCCUGGCAUCUCUGUCUGUUUACAUAUAAAACACGGUGGUGAUGAUUUGCUAAUUAGACAACUUACAUUCCAUGGUCCUUAUGAUGAACCUAACAAUAACGUAAGUAAAAAGAAAGAAAAGUCACUCAAAAUCCUGUCACCGAAAGCUUAUCGCUACCAAAAUUGGGCAUGUUUUCCUUCCCAACCUUUUGAAUUGUGAUUUCAUAUUUUGCUGGGGUUUUCUUGUUUUUUGUUUUUGUUUUUGUUUUUGUUUUUUUGAGAGCACCAGCGGGGAAGGGGCAGAGAGAGGGGGAGAGAAUCCUAAGCAGACUCACGACUGUGAGAUCAUGACCCGAGCCAAAAUCAAGAGUUGCGUGCUUAACCACUGAGCCACCCAGGUGCCCCAUAUUCUGCUUCUUUUAAAAUAUAUAUAUACUUUAAAUGAGGUCGUAUGUAUGCUUUUAUGCUCGGGUUUUGACCUGAGGCUCUAUCCAUCUGGUGGAUACACCAUAGUGCAUAUAACUGUUCUCAUGUUAGUAAGUUAUUCCCAGUGUUUUUUUUACUGUUAUAAAAUAACACUGUGACAUGUUCCUUUGUGCACAUUUCUGUUUUCCCCAAUAAGAUGGAAAGAGACUUCCCAGGCCAAAGAGUGCAAACAUUUAAGGACUUGGUACUUAAUCAUCAACUUUCUUUUCAAAAGAUUUGUUCUAAUAACAAGCUGCUAUGUGUGAUGGGGUCUAUUUCACCACCCCUUGGCUUUCAUUAGAUAUUACGUUUUGUUAAGAAAAUAUUUUUUUAAUGUUUAUUUAUUUUAGAGAGAGAGAGCGCGCUAGUGGGGGAGGGGCAGAGAGAGAGGAAAACACAGAAUCUGAAGCAGGCUCCAGGCUCUGAGCUGUGUCAGCACAGAGCCCAAUACGGGGCUUCAACUCACAAACUGGAAGAUCAUGACCUGAGCCGAAGUUGGACGCUUAACUAACUGAGCCCCCCAGGCGCCCCAUUGUUAAGAAAAUAUUUUAACUAAAAUUAAUUAAAUAGUUCUUUGUGGCCCCAGGAAUGCAGGGCUGGCAACCACUGACUUAAAAUAUUCUUAAAACAGAAAUGUGGGUCAUCCAACGGAAGUGUUAAGAGGAUGCGGUGCUUUCCCUUCUUCCUGUUUUCCGUGUCUUCCCUGAACACCUGCUUUGGAAUAGCGAUCCUGUCUCCUAUCAGAGCUGGCCAACAAUGAGCGAGAUAAGGAGAAUUAACAAAUAAGAGAAACAGAUUUAUAAAAGACAAACAUUUAUUAUAUUUUUCACCCUGAGUCUAUGAGAAAAGGUUAUUCUUAGAAGGUGAUGAGAGAGGGGCACCUGGGUGGCUUAGUUGGUUGAGCCUCCAACUUCGGCUCAGGUCGUGAUCCCCCAGUUUGUGAGUUCAAGCCCCACAUUGAGCUCUCUGCUGUCAGCACAGAGCCUGCUUCAGCAACUCUGUCUCCCUCUCUUUCUGCCCCAACCCCGCUCGUGCUCUCUCAAAAAUAAACAUUAAAAAAAUUAUUUUUUAAAAAGGGGAUGAUAUAAGUCGCGUUUGAUUUUCUGCUUCUCCCUACCCACUCCCAUCUGAAAUUAAAUCAACAUAAAAUAAAUACAUAAGCCCAUUUGCUUAUUAACAGCCUCUAAUGAACAGUUUUGAUUUUUCUGGGAACUUCUUUCUACAUGUAAUAAAACACCUGAGCUUAUUCUUGGAAGGGGAACAUUUGACCAUGAAAUUUGUAAAACUAUGAAUGUGGAAAUGUUUGAAAUAUAUUGUUCUAAACAGACGGAAAGGAGGACGAUAAGGAACUAUUUUUUGCUGAGUACUUUCCAAACAUCAGAUCCUUGGGCUGAGUGUUGUUGCAUGCAUUUUCUCUGCAUUCAUCUUGUGAGAUAGAACUUUCUAAAAAAAUUUUUAAUGUUUA